GGGUGCAGCCGUGGUGGUGUGAGACACGGCCGGUUUGAAGAAACCACGUGAUGAUCAUACUUCCUCUAACAGUCAGGCCUCGGCUCUCUGUGCCUUUGACAUACAGAGAUGGCGGGCGCACGAAACCUCCAGAGUGCUGCGAAGCAGCCGCCACUGAUUCAGCCUCCAGCACGCCUCAGCACCGCCCCGCAGGAAGCUGUGCUGAUGCGCAUUAAGAGCUCUGGGAGCUCCGCAGAGCGCCUGAGUCAGUCCAAGUCAAUGGUGCUGCAGGAGUCCGACCUUCCUAAAAAGCCUAUCUCUCGGCAUCGCAGGAAUCAGUCUCAGCACAACGCCUCAGUCGCAGGAGGAGGAGUUGCUGUUUUUGAACCGUUGGUGGAGCUGAACGGUGAACAUCUGAAUGUGGCUAAAAUCUCAGAGAGCGGUAAGAAGCAAAGGAAGAACUGGACCUUGAUGUGGAGCGUACUGACCUCAGACCAGAUGCUGUUUUAUAAAGAAAGACAACAAGAAACUAGUCUGAAAACAGGAAGUAAGCCAGAUGUACUUCAGCUGUGUGGCGCCAUUAUCGAGUGGACGACAGAGAAGUCAAGCAGGAAAAACGUUUUCCAGAUCAGAACAAACACAGGAAGUGAGUACCUCAUCCAGGCUGACAGUUACGCCACCGCCAGUAAAUGGUACGACGCCAUCAGGAAGGCCGUCGACUCUUCCACUAAACUUCCUCUGCGGAGAUCAAACAGCACAGAGUACCUGCCCAGACACGGCUCCCUACCUAGCCAUGGCUCCGCCUCCCCCAACGCCAAGCAACGCAACCCAGUCCACAGACGCUCCAUCAACAUGUUCGGCAGCUCCAAGCUGAAACACAGCGCCUCCGACAGCACGGACAAGAACGGAGUGAAGAACCGACUGAAGAAGUUCAUCACCAGACGUCCGUCUAUGAGGACUCUGAAGGAAAAAGGCCUCAUCAAAGAUCGAGUGUUUGGCUGCCAUCUGUUGACUCUCUGUGAGCGUGAAGGAACCACGGUGCCGAGGUUUGUUCACAUCUGUCUGGAUGCUGUUGACAAGAGAGGACUGGAUGCUGACGGGAUCUACAGAGUUAGUGGGAAUCUGGCAACAAUCCAGAAGCUCCGCUUCAUUGUGGAUCAGGAGGAGGACCUGGACCUGGACCAGAGUCAGUGGGAGGACAUCCACGUCGUCACUGGGGCCCUCAAGUUGUUUUUCCGGGAGCUGCCCGAGCCGCUGUUCCCCUUCAGGUUCUUCCAGCCCUUUGUGGAGGCUGUCAAGAUUAAAGAAUCCAAACUAAAAGUUCAGGCUAUGAAAAAGCUGAUCAAGGAACUGCCACAACCCAAUCAGGACACCAUGAAGUUGCUCUUCAACCACCUGCACAGAGUUCUACACUUUUCCAGAAAGAACCUGAUGUCCACUCAGGGCAUCGGCAUCGUGUUCGGCCCAACGCUGAUGUGGCCUGAGCUGGACGCAGGAAACAUGGCAGUCAACAUGGUCUACCAGACCCAGAUUGUGGAGUUCAUCCUCAUCGAGAGCCAAGACAUCUUCAACCUGGACAGGAAGUAGAGUGUCGUGAGGUCGAAAGAUCGUCGAAUGGACAGAAAUAGUAUUGUUAGAAAAGGCCUGGUGUUGUCUGGACUGUAAACAAUAAACAGAUGAUUUCUUAUCAGAA